CUUGAAUGAUUGAAUCGUUGAUUCGAAUCCGGCCGGUCCGAUCCUUUUGCCAUUUCUUCGUCUUCUUCAAUGGAACUUUGGCGAACCUUUUGCUUCACUUGAGCUCGAGCACAAAUCCAGAUCGCUUGCAUUGCUUCGGUUCUCAUCGGAUCGGAACAAUACAGAUCCGCGCUCACGCUCAGCGUCGAUGGCUGCGGCUUUGCGAUUGUACUUGACUUGCAUAAGGAAUACUCUCGAGGCUGCCAUGUGCUUACAGAACUUCCCUUGUCAAGAAGUUGAAAGACAUAACAAACCGGAGGUUGAACUAAAGACCAGUCCAGAGCUGCUACUAAACCCAGUUUUAAUAUGUCGAAAUGAGGCUGAAAAAUGCUUGAUUGAAACGUCCAUAAAUUCACUGCGUAUAAGCCUCAAGGUAAAGCAAGCAGAUGAACUAGAAAACAUACUAACAAAAAAGUUCCUUAGAUUUUUGUCUAUGCGAGCAGAAGCAUUUCAAGUAUUGAGGAGAAAGCCAGUUCAGGGAUAUGAUAUUAGUUUUCUUAUUACGAACUACCACUGUGAGGAAAUGCAGAAGCAAAAGCUCAUAGAUUUUAUUGUGCAAUUCAUGGAGGACAUCGACAAGGAGAUUAGCGAAUUAAAAUUGUCAGUCAACACGCGAGGGAGGCUCGUGGCAACCGAAUUUCUGAAGCAAUUUAUCUGAUACUUAACUGGCUUCAGAUCUGUGCAAAUCCUUGCUAGUCGUUUGGGCCUUGUAUAGCCAUGCUCUCUGCAGAAAUCAUCACACAUCAAGCUGGAUCUGGUUGCACCUUGCUCCCAGUUACUAUUUGGCUUCUAUGGAUCUGAUUGCAUUCUAGUAUAACUACUUGGCUUCUAUGGAAAUCUUCUCCCCUUUUGUUCACUGAUUUUGGAGCUGUCUUGCAAUAUAUGUAACUGGAAAUCAAGUGAUUUUAAUGACAAACAUCAUCUCUUUAAAUGUUUUGAUUAAAACAUGGUAUUUGGUUUCUGUUGAAAUGGUAGCUUGGUGGCAUGAAGGUUAGAAACA